CUCAUCCUAUGUGUUAUGACCUUAACCUCUUCCUCCACGUGGUUUGAUAAUGUGUCCAUACUGAUGGUCCUGCUUAACUGUGUGACUCUGGGCAUGUACAAGCCCUGUGAAGAGAUGAACAUCACUCUAGAGGAUGUAUUCUUUGUUUUCUUUGUGAUGGAAAUGCUCAUCAAGAUGGUGGCCCUGGGAAUCUUUGGCUAUGAAGGAAGUUACUUCAGCAACAACUGGAACAAGUUUGACUUCUUCAUCAACUUGGAAAAGUUGUUGGAGUAUUUUUUAGCUUCUCUUGGCAUUCGCUUAAGAGUCGGUCAGGCGCUCAGGCCAAUGCGACUGAUAAGCAGAAUAACAAGUAUGCGAGGCUUGGUGUCAGUACUCUUGGACACUGUGCCGAUGCUUACAAAUGUUCUCCUCCUCUACCUCUUUGUCAUCCACAUCUUCUCCGUUGUGGGAGUCCAGCUGUGGGCGGGGCAGCUGCUCAACCGCUGCUUCCUGGGAGAGGACAUUCCCGCAAUGUACAAUGUGUCCUUAAGUCCAUACUACACGUCCACGUAUGGUGAAAAUGUCCCAUUUAUCUGUUCGCCUGAUGACAAGAAUGGGAUGGUACACUGCCAUGAUGUUCCACCUUACAAAAAGGGUGGGGAAACCUGCUCAUUGGCUGCACCCCACCAUGUUUCAGCUCCAAAUGAGUUAGUCCCCACAGGGGCUGGGGCCAGUGCUAACACCUGUGUGAACUGGAACUUGUACUAUAAUGUCUGUCGUGCUGGGGACCACAACCCUCACUUGGGAGCCAUCAAUUUUGAUCACAUCGCCUAUGCCUGGAUAGCCAUUUUUCAGGUAGUCACGAUGGAAGGAUGGAUGGAGAUCAUGUUUUAUUUUAUGGAUGCUUAUUCCCCCUGGAGUUUUAUAUUUUUUGUAUUCGUCACCCUGAUGGGCUCCUUCAUCAUGAUGAACGUGUACGCAGUCGUCAUCGCCACCCAGUUCUCAGAGAGUAUGGAAAGAAGGACAGGAAAGCCUCUUGCUGACGCUGUGUCCAUCACUAAGUUCUGUGACAAGUUAACCUGCUGGCUGCGGAAGAUCUCCCGUAGAUACAACAGACAUCGUAACAAAGUACAACCUAAUGGCAGUAGCAGCUUGAACACGUCCUCAUUGGCUCAGGCCUGGAUACCCAUCAAGAAUACAGCUGAGAGGACUGUCAACAGUAACCUCUUUGACCGAGGGAUCAUGUUUACAGUUGUACUCUGUAUUUUGACCAUGGUCGUAGAGCACAACGGGCAGCCUGAGGAGAUGACACAAGUGUUACAGAUCAGUAACAUCAUCUUCACCAUUGUAUUUGUUCUGGAGAUGGUCUUAAAGCUGGUGGCUCUCACAUGGAAGUACUUUACGGACCGAAACAACAUGUUUGACUUUGUCAUCGUUAUCAUCAGUUUGUGGGAGAUAAUUGCUAAAGCUGAUGGCAGGUUGUCAGUUCUGCGGGCAUUUCGCCUGCUGCGGUUUGUGAAGUUGGUUCACUUCUUCCCUUACCUGAAGAAACAGCUGCAAGUGCUGAAUAUGGCAGUGGAAGGAGCAGCCCCACUCGGUGGGCUACUGCUGUUUGUCAUUUUCAUUUUUAGGCAAUGCAGUGUACUGGGUAUGCAAUUGUUUGGUUGUAAACUUAACAUCAAGACACCAUGCGGAGACAUCGUCCCUGACCAAAAAAACUUUGACACACUACUCUGGUCCAUGGUCACAGUGUUUGAGCUUCUGACUCAGGAUGACUGGAAUCUGGUGCUGUACAACACGAUGGCUGCUACCUCCCCAUGGGCCGCUCUCUACUUUAUUGCGGUCAUUGUGUUUGGAAAAUCUGUUCUUCUCAAUGUUCUUGUGGGCAUAGUGGUUGACAGCUUCCAGGCAAAGCGCUCCUCAGAUUCUGAUCAAAUUGAUCCCUGUGGGUCCGCCAGCUCCUCUCCAAACAACUUGGCCUCUUCACAGAGAGAUAACAAGAAAAAUGACCACUCAAGCCACAACCAAGACAGCACUGUCUCUCACCCUGGGCCCAGCAGAUCCCCUGCGAUUAACUCAGCCCCCGAGGAAGACUCUGCACCUCUAGAUGCCAAUGAGGACAAUAAGCCUUUGAACUUGACCCAGAAAGUGCGCCGCUGGUGCAAAGAGCAUGAAGAGUGGUCAUUCUACAUAUUGUCUCCACUGAACAGGUUCCGUAUCUGUUGCCUUCGUGUGAUCUCUCACAAGAUGUUUGACCACAUGAUUCUGCUCUUUAUUCUCCUUAACUGUGUCACCAUUGUUUUGGAGAGGCCUGGAAUAGACUCUAAAAGCAUGGAGCGAUGGAUGCUGGAUUUGUCUAAUUACGUAUUCUCUGCUGUCUUCCUGGUAGAGAUGCUUGUUAAGGUUCUGGCUCUUGGUUUGAUAUUUGGGAAGGAGAGCUACUGCCGGUCUUCCUGGAAUAUCAUGGACGGUUUGUUGGUGAUUCUGUCUUUAGUCCACAUCCUCGUCACUUUUGUCAGUACGGUUGAUAGUCACAUGCUGGGCAUCCUCAAAAUGUUACGCCUGCUACGGAUUCUUCGCCCACUGAGGGUAAUCGAGCAAGUUCCGAAACUGAAGCUGGCUGUGGAAGCUCUGAUGGCCUCAGUUAAACCCAUCAGGAACAUCCUUCUCAUUUGCUUCGCCUUCUUCUUUUUCUAUGGCAUCCUUGGGUUGCAGUUGUUCAAAGGGAAGUUCUACUACUGUGUUGGUGCGGACAUAAGAAACAUCACCAACAAGACUGAUUGUCUGUCUGCCAACUAUCACUGGAUACGAAAGGAGUACAACUUUGACAAUCUGCUUCAGGCUCUGAUGACGUUGUUUGUAAUGUUCUCCAAAGAUGGCUGGAUGAACAUCAUGUAUGAUGGGCUGGAUGCUGUGGGAGUGGACCAACAGCCUGUGAGGAAUCACAACGAGUGGAUGCUGCUCUACUUUAUCUCCUUCAUGAUUAUAAGCUUCCUUCUCCUCGAUAUGUUUAUUGGUGUAAUGGUGGAGACCUUCCACCACUGUCAGCAGAAUCAAAAAAGAAGAGAUCGAGAGUUACUAGAAGAGGGAGGAAAAGUCCAGUGCAACAACAUGUGUGUUCCAGAGCCUGCACAGAUGCCAUAUUACACUCACUACUCCACCAUACGACGAGCUAUCCAUUCUCUGUGUACCAGCAACUUCUUGGACCUCUUCAUGAUUGUCAUCAUUGUCAUCAGUGUCGCAGUGAUGGCUAUCCAACAUUACAAUCAACCUCCGUAUAUAGAGAAGAUUACGGAGUAUUCCUUCUAUGUGUGCACCAUCAUCCUGAUCAUUGAAGUCCUGCUGAAGCUCGUGGCGUUUGGCAUAUGGAGGUUCAUAAAAAUCAGUUGGAAUCUGCUGGACGUUGCUGUACUCACGGUUUCCAUCAUCGGCAUCGUUUUGCACAAGAUGAACAUGGCAGACACAGUUCCCAUUAAUCCCAGCAUCCUGAGAGUAUGUAGAGUACUCAGACUAGCACAAGUCCUAAAAGUCAAAAAGCUAAGAAUUCUGCUAAAAACCAUCAUGAAGACUCUCUCACAGGUGGGAAAUAUUUGUCUGCUCUUCACAUUCUUUUUCUUUAUCUACGCUGCGGUGGGAGUGGAGCUCUAUGGCAAGCUAGAAUGCAAUGAUGACCGCCCGUGCCUGGGUUUACGCCCCGAAGCCAACUUCAGACAUUUUGGGGUGGCCCUGCUCACGCUGUACGGCGUGUGCACCGGAGACAACUGGAGCGUGGUUUUGAAAGACGCAAUGAGAGAAUGCCAUCCGGGUGACCACGGCUGCAUAAGCUACCUUUCCUGGGUUUCUCCGUUGUACCUCAUCAGUUUCGUGGUUAUGGCCCAGUUUGUGCUAGUGAACCUGGUGGUGGCAACAAUUAUGCAAGCGCUGGAGGACACGAACAAGGAGGAAGGAAUGCAUGACGAGGCCCGGCUGUCUCCAGGGGAGAGUGACAGACCCAGUGCCAGCCACGUCAAUGCAGAGGGCUCCUCAGAGACGUGAGGUCGCACAGAAAUUAUUUACUUGUUUUGAGGAGUAAUGUAUAUGUUUGAUUUAAUGCCACAUGUUGGUUUUAAUGGCAUUUGGUUUUAUCAUCUUAGAGGGAUUUUGAAAUUGUAUAAUGUUUUAAUUAUUAUUUUCUUAUUUUAAUUAACAAUAUUUUGUAAAUAAAUUGUAUAUAUUUGAUUUAAUGCCACAUGUUUUUUUGAUGGAAGUUGUUUUUAUCUUCUUAUGUUAUUAGAGUGAUUUUGAAAUUGUAGAAGGUUUUAAUUAUUAGUUUCUCAUUUUAAUUAGCGAUAUAAACUGUGUAAAUAAAUUGUAUAUAUUUGAUUUAACUUAAUGUUUAAGCUAUUAGAGUGAUUUUUAUACAGUUAGUUGUUGGUAAUUGAUAUUAAAUAUAUAAUUUUCUAGUUAUCGUUCUUGUUUUCAAGUAGUAAACUGUGUAUAGAUGUUUUUCAUUUUGACUAUGUAUAAAUUUCCGAUAUAAUUUUUCUUGAAUAAAUGUAAUCAACCU